AGUAUUUAGUUUUAGAAACAUUUAAUAAUAACUUAUUUGCUUUAAACCAUAAUGAAAUUUUUUGGAGUUCAAGUUUCAUUUCUACAAAAAGAUCUUGAACGUUUUUACCUGAUUUAAAUAAGUUUGUAUCGUCUGCAAACAUGACGUUAAAAAGUUUUGAUGAGGCUUUAUAGAGAUCGUUGAUAUAUAUUAUAAACAAAAGUGGUACAAGAAUUGAACCCUGUGGUACUCCACAAAUAUUUAUUCAAAGCUUCUGAAUGUUUGUCAUUAUCAUAAGAAACAUGCUGCUUUCUAUUUUUAAGGUAAUUUUUUAACAGUUUGUGAGUUUUGUUUGUAAUUCCGUAAUAUUCUAGUUUUUGUAAUAAGAUCUCAUGAUUUACUGUAUCGAAAGCUUUAGACAAACCAAUAAAAAUUCCUAGUGUUACUUCUCCUUUAGAAAAACAUUUUAUGAUAUCAUCAGCUAAUUGCAAAAUGGCAUGCUCAGUUGAGGUAUUUUUUUGAAAUCCAUAUUGUCCGAUUUUUCCCUAACUAAACGAUUAUAGUUGACCUUAGCAUACCCACCAUCUUUUCUUAUCUCUUUCAUUUCUUCUAAUGCUUUUUUCUUAAUUUGAGAGUUUCAAAAGAGAAGUCUUCAUUUACGUAAAUUUUCUCUUUCCAAAGUUCUUUUUCGAUAAAUGUGGUUAAAAUCAUGUCUUUGCCUUGUAAUUCAGGAAUUUCGCUACUAUUGUUCUGCCAGUACUUUCACCUUUCGGUUUGUAAGACUUGCCAGUUCGGUGAGCUCUCUCAAUGACAACCUCUUUUUCGAUUCCUAAUUUUUCUUUGAUGACUUUUCUAAUAUUUUCUUCCGACUUAAUCCAUGUUUCGCUUUCACUCUCUACGAUACCGUUAAACCUCAGAUUAUUCCUUCUACUCCUGUCUUCUAAAUUAAUCACUUUUUCUUCAAAUUUUUGAGCCCGUUCUGCUGCAUAGUUAUUUUCACUGUUUUUCACUUUCUUCAUAGCCUCCUUCAUCUCCAUAACUUUUUCGUCAAAAGUUUGACUAUGAAAGGUCAUGGCUUCAGUUAGACUUUUCAUUUCCUUUUUCAUACGAUCCUUCUCCUUGUUUACAUUUAAAACUUCACCCUUUAAGGUUACGCUUUCAACUAUGAGAUAUUCAAUUUUUUUCUCAAGUCUUUCCACGUGAGAAUUUUAAAAUUUCAUAACUGUAUCUUCUGAUUUUGUCAUUACUUCAAUAACUUGAGUUAAUUCCAUGAUUUACAAUGCGUGUACCCAAAGGGCCAUCCAAUUUCUCGUUGAUAAAACUUGGUUUUUGGCACAGAAAAUGUCAAUAUCCUUAUCUAUUUAACAAUUAGCUCACCUUAGUGUUUCCAAUUUUGAAUUUCCAUACGGGUGAAAUCGAAUUUUGGAAUUUUGGAUUUUUUUCAAUUUUGGAUUUUCAAUUUUUCAAUUUCGAAUUUUGGAUUUUCAUUUUUUUUUUAAUUUUUAAUUUUUUUAAUUUUGGAUUUUGGAUUUUUUUUUUUUUUAAUUUUUAGAUUGGAUUUUUUCAAAUUUGAAUUUUGGAUUUCUUCAAUUUAAAGUUUCAAUUCCUGACCACUAUGUUUUUUAAUUUUGGGAGUUUUAUUAUUUUUUAAUUUCACACGUUACGCAGGUCACCUGUUGAGAUUUCCUACAUUUUUUUGUCUAGUCACCACUAAGGGGGGUUGUCGCGCAUGUUAGUUCAUUCACUUAUUUUCACUCUUUCAGACAAUAGUCUAGAGAAAAGUUCAGACUAACAAAUUUUUCUUGUCUACCCACCACGAAGGAGGGUGUUGCGCAUGUAAGUCCGUAACCUUAUUCGCAAGUGUGUCGUUUUUCACUCGUUCCUCUACUCUUUGAUACACAAUGGAAAAAGUAUCGAUGGAAUAUUUAUCGCAACUUUUGAAUGAUAAAAAAACACACAAAGAGAUCAGCGAUAUUUUUAAGUCCAUGUACCCUGGAGUAAGAGGGUUAAGCGAAAGAUCGGUGAAGAGAUUUUGCAGUAAACAUAACAUGACUUCGCGGAAGUCACAAGAAGAGAUAAACAGAUUGACAGCAUCAGCAGUAAGAGAGGUAUAUAUACAAAUGUUCUUAUCUUAGUUUAUUGAAAUAUGAUAAACAAAUAAGAGAUGAAUAUACUUUUCAAGUUUUCAAGGUUGGACCCACGUACGGACGAAAAAUGAUGACGGGCUACAUCAGACAAAAACACAAUUUGAAUGUAAGUCAAAAACGUGUUGUCAAAGCAUUGACAAUUGUCUCACCAGCAAAUCAAGAAUGGAGGAGGACGGAAACCGAGCGGUUGCUGAAUCCAGUGCCAUAUCAGGCGGAUUACUUUGGUCAUAAGCUACAUAUUGACCAGAACGAAAAGGUUGCAAUGUAUGGAGUAACUCAUGUUGUAGCUAUAGAUGGACAUACCCGGUAUGUUACGGCAGGAACAACAAUGGCAAUUAAAAACAACGUUAAAAUACAUGAAAAUAUAUACAGAAAAACCUUGGUAACAUACGGAAUACCUGAUCAACUGCGAGUUGAUUGCGGUAGAGAAUUUUAUUUAAUCCUUGGAAUGCAAGAGCAUUUAGCAUUGCUUCGUGGAAAUCAAGCAAUAGAAUGUUAUCGACAAACAGAAUCCAAGCAGAAACUCCCUAUUAAAAGAUUUUGGGUGGAGGUAAACUGUCGUGUAAAUCAUCCUUUAGAAACAGUUCUUGUAUUUAUGGCAAAUGAAGAGAUCAUAGAUAUGUCAAACGACUGCGUAAAAUUUUGUGUAUCAUUUGUUUCUUGCUUGGUAGCGAGUUAUGGUCUUCAGAUUGUUAUUUCUUCGUGGAAUAAUCACCCUAUUCCAGGCAGAGGCGUGCCGUCAGUAAUUAAAACCAGAAGUAAUGGGAUCGUACCAUUGAUGGCAGAAGUUGUACCAAAUGGAGUAGGAGCUAAAUUACUUUACAUGCAGUGGUACCCUGAAUCGAGGAUUGCCAGUGAUAGUGUGUUUGGAGUCGAUCGACUUUUCAAUUCACCAAGCCUUUUAUCAGAAAGAAUGCGAGAGUUUGAAAGCCACUAUAGUAUUUCUGACCUUUUUGGAUCUUUAGCGAAUGAAACAAUUGACAAUUUCCGAGAAGCUCUUCUGUAUUUUAUUAACUUAACACGUACAUUACAACUAAGGAUUACAUUAUAACUGUGAAAAAUUAUUCUUUGUAUUUCAAUCUUCCUCUGCCCUGCUCCCAUGUGUUAAGAAAAUUUGUAAGAAACAAUUAUUUUAGAACAGCUAUUUACUAUAUUAUACAUUUUUAUAAGAACAAUGCUGAUAAUUGCUGAAAGAGUAAGCAAAAAAUGAGAACAAUGGCGAGACUGAAAUUUUACUGCUAUUUUAUUUUUUAAGAUGUGGAAAAAAUGCUUGUCAACAAGAAUCUGGUCAAUUUAGAAAUUUAUUUUUUCAAAAUCUUCAUUAUUUCACGAGUUAGCACAGAACAUAAUUUUUGCUUUGUGUUUUUUAUAAUGGGGUUAACUAAGAUGAACUACGAGUUGUUCAACGAAUCAAACACUUGAAAUUAUUGAAAAGUUUAAAAUAGAUUAAGGCGAAUCGCAACAUUAAAAAAAGAUAAACAUUCUUGUAUAAAGAAAACAUGUAUGUUAUUAUUAUAUCCACUCUAUACGCACUGGAUCUAGUCACUCAUGCGAAUGAAGUGAAAAUUUUGUAUACUUCAAACUGCAAAGGAAGAUUUUUUUGUGCUAAGGAUUU